AUGACGAAACUCACUGACAAUGGAGCGCCCGAGAGCACCCCAUUGCCAGCCAGCCUUGCCAUCGACGAACUAUUUGCCCGACUUGAUAUUGGUCCCCAAACCGCCCGCACCAUUCUUCGCGCCCUCCUCACCACUGCGUAUAGCGACACCCCUGCCCCUGUCUCGGAUUUUCGUGGGGAUGCAUUGGAAGUCCUCGGUUUCGGGGCUAGCGAUCCAAACUACGCGUCUGAUGAUGAAGAAAUCGUGGUCGUUGAUCCCACCACCUCCCCCGCCGCUUCUCCCACUUCUUCCGCUACUCUUCGCCCUGCUUCACCGGCGGACUUGGUUAACAGCAUCCGUUCUAUCGCCACGGAUUCUGCUCCUGCAGUCGCACCUGUAGUCGUUGCUCCUGUUGCAUCCGCAGUCGCCCUGGCGUCUGCGGAUGUCCUUGCAUCCGUAGAUUUAUCUGUACCCGCAGCUACUCAUGCAGCCGCAAGACCCGCUGCCCCAGUUCCUUCCUCGGCUAUUACUGCCACUGCAAACAAUGCUGCGCCCGUCGCUUCUGCCACUGACACCGCAUCUGCAGCUACCCCAAAUGCUACAAACUCCCCUCCCCUAGGAACACUCACCGCUUCGACCGCCUUGCUUUAUUUGCCCAACUACGUUUUGCCCUACAACGCGCCCAAGAACGCCAUUCUUCCACCACCUUCUUUGGUCACCCCCGUCUACGGUUAUCAUGUCCCAGGCCCCAACGAGUCAGGGCCUUUCUACAUGGCUAGUCGUGGCCGAAACAUCGGAAUAUUCAGCGGCUGGGAGAUCCUUUCCCCUUUCGUAACAGGCGUCUCGCACUCAGCCUUUUCCAAGGUUUCGGGCAUCCAGGAGGGACAUGCCAGGAUGGCUGUGGCAAUCAAUGCUGGCUUUGCAACUUAUUUGACUUAG